AUAAUUUUUGGAAUGACUGCUUCAUACCCAGAAAUCAUUCUAGCAGUCUGUUUAUUGAUUUUGCCAAUCUUAUACGAGUCUAGUCAUGUAUUCAGAUAUUACUUGAAAUUUUUUGUGUACUAUUCCAUUGGUAUGAUAAAUUCAGUUAUCCUUUUACCAGUGUUUUGUUGCAGACCAAGAGACGUACGAAACCUUCUAGUUGCCUCCGACUUUUGUCGCAUUGUAUCUACUCUAGUUGGAUUGAGAUGGACUAUAAGAGGAAAAGAAAAUCUAGAGAAGAAACAAGCAUGCAUCAUAUUAUCCAAUCAUCAAAGUUCCUUGGAUGUCUUGGGAAUAAUGGAGAUAUGGAGACUUAUGGACAAAUGUACAGUUAUAGCAAAACGGGAGUUAUUAUUUGCUGGUCCAUUUGGUUUGGCCAGUUAUCUUUGUGGUUUGAUUUUCAUACCUCGCAUCCAAACAGAUAAAGCAAAAAAUAUCAUGAAUGAGGCUGCUAACAGACUGAAAUCUGAUAAGAUUAAAUUGUGGGUUUUUCCUGAAGGUACCAGAAGAAAUGAUGGAAAAAUUCAUUCAUUCAAAAAGGGUGCAUUUCACAUGGCCAUCACAAAUAAAUUGCCUAUUGUACCAGUAGUGUAUAGCAGAUAUUAUUUUUUGGAUAAAACCACCAAAUAUUUUGGCUCUGGAAAUGUGACCAUAACUGCACUACCACAGAUAGAAACUAAAGAUUUGUCUUUGGAUGAUUUGGAUGAAUUGAUGGAAAGAGUGAGGAAUUUGAUGUCUGCAACAUAUUAUGUGACAAGUAAAGAAGGACUUUCCAGUGCAAACCAAAAAGCCACUUGA